AUAAUCUACAUUAUUCUAGAUCAUUAGACAUUAGAAUUAGAUCUAAAUCUAGAAAAGGAAGAAUCCGAAGAUCUAAUAAAAAUAAUAUUAUUACUAAUAACUAAUUCUAUAAGAUUAUCUAGGUCUAGAUCUAUAAAUAACUCAGUAUAUAGAGAUUAAAUCUAUCACUAUCUACUGAUGUGGAUAAGUGAUCUUACAUGCUUCUAAAGGCUUAGUCCCUAUGUAUCAGUAUAUCUGUGACUGAGUCUCAUUAAGUAAUAUUAUUAUUAUGAUCAUCAUGGUGAUGAUAUAGAUAUCUAGAGUUAGCAGAAUCUAGCUAGACUCUAGAAUUAUAGAAUUUUCUUAAUAACUUAAGUCUUAAGCUAGAUCUUGUAGAUCUACUAAGAUUAAAGAUUCAAGAAAUAGUCUCUUUUUUGUACUGGCUUGGCUUAGCACCCUUUAUAAAAUCAAUCAUGAAGGCAAUGCGGUGUACCAAUUGUAAUAAAAGAUAUGGUAACACUCACUUCAAUGCUGCUUCUAAGGUUGCAUCUAAACAGCCCUUGAUUCUGAAAUGUGGGCACACGUUUUGUGAAUUAUGUUUAACACGUAAAUUGGAAAAAAAUGAAUCAUAUGUGUACACAUCUCAAGUGCAUUGUCCAACGUGUACGAAAGUUACAUUUCUACAAAAUGGCUUAAAAGAUUUGCCAUUAGAUGUUUAUCUUUUAUCUUACAUAGAUAUCAAUCAACAUGCCAAGCUUGAUAGUCAACUUGCACAUCUUUCUCAAGUUUCUCUAUGUCCAAAUAGAGCUUUAAUACAAAAGGAAGAAGAGUCACAAUUUUGUUAUAAUGUUAAACAAAAAAACUUUUUUUGUAAGGUGUGCAAAAGCAGAAAUUAUAUUUAUAAAUGUGAUGACUGUGAAAGUUUAUUGUGUCAUACUUGUUUUCAAAAAGUUCAUGCCAUAUCUGCUCAAAUGGAAGAACACAAGCCAGUGCCUUUCCAAAUUUCAACAAACAUUUCAAAAAAUAAAAAGGAUUUAGCUUUAGAAACAAUCUGUAAAGAUCACAAUCGCCCUAUUGAAUAUUUCUGCCAAGAUGACUCAUUUUCAAUCUGUUCACGUUGCUACAUUUUAGGGGAUCAUAAAAAUCAUUCAAUCAUUUCUUACGAAGAAAAAAACAAGAGUGUUAUAAAUGAUAUUGACAGCGAAUUGAAAAGAGCUGUUGAUGUUUUAGACUUUUUGAAUAAAAUAGACAAACAAAUUACUCAGACUCUUCCAGUAGUUAAAGAUGAAACUAAAUCAGUCAUAGAGAGCAUCAACACAAGUUUUUUGACUCUUCAUGCAUUACUACAAGUAAGAGAAAUGGAGUUGAUUAACUCUUUGACAUAUUCAUUAAAGGAAAAUUUGCUACACAUAGAAGAACAAAAGUUACUUCUUUCUAAAGAAAAAACUUUAUUAGAAGCAGCAAUUAAAGAUGCAAACAAACUAAUUGAAAAUAAUGCAUUAUUAAUAGAUGCAGAGACUUUACUUGAGAUACUCAAAGGUGCUAAAAAAAUCCCUUGCAUUGUUGAUAAAAAGAUAGAAGCAGACAUUGAACCCAUUAAUUGGGUUGAAUCCAAUUGUAACAACUUGUUACAGUCUAUAAAUGCUUUUGGGGAAAUCAAGGGAAAGCAACAGUUACUUAUUGAUUUUAAAACUCUAGAGGAAGCUGGGAACAUAAGCAGUGAGAAUGCUAAAAUCAGUAUUAAAUCUAAUGAAACUGAUGCAAAUAAACAUACUGUUAUGGACAUUGCUGUAUCUGUUUCCACUUUGGAAUAUAAUGAAACUUCAGUUUCUGCUAGAGCCAAUAAUGAAAGUGAUAAAACUUCAGAUCUAAAUACCAAAGACUUUACAGAAAAAAUAACUAUAUCAGAAUGCUCCUCUCAUUUCAUAAUAAAAGAUAACAGUAACUUAACUGUCAAAGGAUUACCACAACAUGUAAUUGUAACUCACAUCAGGUCACCUAACAACUUUUAUGUACAGCUACAAAGUAGCAAAGCACAGUUGUUUACACUAUCUCAAAGUAUAAAUUCAUGGUGCCAACGAGAGAUGGGAGCCAAGAAAAUUCCUUUUGCUGUUGCAAAAAAUAUGUUUGUUUUGGCACGAUACUCUGCUGAUAAAAUGUGGUAUAGAGCAAGAAUAAUUGAUGUGUAUGAGUCAAAACAUGGAGAAGGACAACUGAAGAUAUUGGUAACAUACAUUGACUUUGGAAAUGAAGAAGAAGUUUGUUUAAAAGACCUGUGUAAAAUGGAAAAAAGAUUUGCAAAAGUGCCUGUCUUUGCAAUUCAUUGUUCACUGUUUGAUAUUGCACCUUAUCUUGAAAACAAACCUUGGUCACUAGAAGCCAUUCAAGAUUUUCAUCAAAUGACUCAAAAUCAUAUAUUUCUUCUUUCUGUGCUAUCAAAGCAAGGUGAGCUACAUGAAGUUGACUUGGUAUUCAUGCCCACAGAAAAUGUUCUCGAUGAUGGUUUUGUGUCAGUCAGAGACAUAUUAGUUUUUUUAGAAUUAGGAAGAUUCAAGAUGUUUAGCAAUGAGGCUCUGAAUAUUCCACAAGCAGCAUCAUAUCAAAAGGUUGAUUUUAUUCAGCCAAAAGCUUUGACAGUUGGUUCAACAUUUGAUGUUAUUGUCACAUGUGCAAUUUCACCCUGGGACUUCUUUGUAGCCCUCACAGACUCUGGCCAAGAUUAUUAUAACACAACAUUUCAACAGAUGCAGGAAGUGUACAACAAAGACUUUACUAACACAUAUGGUCUCUACUAUCCUCGAGCUGGCAAUGUCUGCUCUGUAAAGAAUGAAAAUAAUAAAUGGUAUAGAGGCAGGAUCCUUUCUUCAUCAAAAAACAAACAGGCAACUGUAAACUAUGUUGAUACUGGCGCUGUCCAAGUUGUGACUUUUGAUCAUUUAAAAAAAUUACAUUGUGACUUCUUGAAACUUCCUGUUCAGGCUGUACAUUGCAAGCUGUCUGCCAUUUGUCCGUUAGAUGGUUCAUCCACAAUCACUGAAGAAAAUUGGUUUCAAAAAGUUGUCCUGGGGUCUGAAGCAUGCAUCAAAGUUAUGAAGUGGAGUAACUUUGCAGAAGUAUUUCUUUGGCUUGGAAAAGAAACAGAUACAGUUGUGUGUGAAAGUAUCAACAAUAAAUUAGUUGAAAUGAAUUUAGCAAAAAAUGUUGAAUUACCUUCAAUAAAGCAAAGCACUCUUUUUGAUAUCGAUGAUGUAAAAAAAGAAAAGGAAUUACAACUAUGUAGCCUUGAUGAAGGGAAAAAUAUUUUAGAAAAUACAAGUCCACCUUGUACACCAGAGGAUCAAGAAAAUUUAAUUGCUGUACAAGUCAACACUUCUUCAGAAAUCCACCAUAAUGAAUUGCCAAUUAAUCCAGAGCCAGAUUUGAAUAAUUUUAAGAAAUUCAGAAAGCAAAAAGCAAAUGUUUACUCUAAAUCAAACUUGAAGGAUGACCUUAACAAGGAACUUCCCCAAGAAAAUCAAAGCUCUGUUAAAAUCAUCUCCGAUUCAUCAAAGUCUUUCACACUUUCUUCUUGUAUUAAAGUGCUAAUGUCUUUUUAUAAAAGUCCAUCUGAUUUUUAUGUACGGAUUAUUGAUAAAGAAGACAAUCUAAAAAAGCUAAUGGAAGGUCUACAAGCUUUCUAUGCAGGAUCUAUUCAUGAAACUUCUAUUAGAUGGAAAGUAAAUGAUUAUUGCACUGCAAAGUUUUCAGAUAACAAAUGGUAUCGCUGCAAUAUCAUUGAAAAGUUAUCUGAUCAUGAAUAUGUCCUACAUUCAGUUGAUUAUGGCUAUGAACAUAAGCUUGAAAGCUGUGACAUGAGACGUCUAACAAAUGAAUUUGGGACCAAGCUAGAAUGUACAGCAGUUAGAUGCCAUUUAGCUGAACUGCUUCCAGCAGGUUCAAUGGAUAAGAAUAACUGGUCUAAAACUGCCGGUGAAUAUAUGUAUCAAGCAAUAAAGGAUAAGAUUCUAUACAUUAAACAAGAAGGUGAUCCAACAGAACUUGGUUUGCCUGUUGAUAUCAUUAUGGAGGAAGAGAAGCCAGAAACUGCAUUUGAUCCUGCAACUCACUCUUAUCAUUCUUUGCGUCAGUGUAUUCUGAAACAAGGUCUUGCUAUGCCUGCCAAAAAAUCUCUAUCCAAUAAAAGUCAUAGUGAUUUGAUAUUGAACAGAAUAAUAUAUGAGGUUGAUGGUCAACACAAUGAACAUUUAGUGCCAUCUGAGUUGUCUGAAGCAAAUGUUAAAGCAAGAUCAGAGAAAGUUACCAAAAGUGAACCAUUUUUACCUUGUAGUUUUGAAAAUAGUUUAAGUACAGAUGAAGGUGAAAACACUAAAACUGGUGUGAUAAAUAACUUGGAUUUUUGUUCUAAAAAUGACAAUGUCUUUCAAGUACCAUUCCCACCUUUACCAUCUGUGGGAUCUACACUGUCAGUUGUAGUUACCCACAUCACAGAUGAUGGAGUAAUUUGGUCACAACCUAUAUCUUGGUCAUCUGAUGUUACUCAGCUGUGUCAAGAGCUGUUGAAUAUAUUUGGAGCUUUCAACUCAAAGUCAAUAAAACAGAACAUGAUAGUCUGGAGAAUAGGAGACAUAUGUGUAUCACCAUUCGAAAAUGAUAAACUCUGGUACAGAGCUGAAAUUAAAGAUAUCUGCAAAUGCAGGGCUGAGGUAUUUUACCUAGAUUUUGGUAAUUCUGCAUGGGUAAAUCUGAUAGAUCUAGAAAAGAUACCUUCCCAUCUAGUUGACAAACAUAGAAUGUGUUACAGUUUGAAACUUGAUGACAUUUCAUUAUUUCCAACUCCUGUUUUGAAUCCGUCAACAAUAAAAGAAAUAAACAAACUAAUCAUUUCUGUGGAAAGUAAUAUUGUGGUCAGAGAUAUUGAAGAAUCAACUCAUCUAAUAACUGUGGACUUAUCUCGUGCUGAAGAUGGCUUCAAUUUAAUAGAGUAUCUGAUCAACAAAGGUGAGGCUUUGUGCAUCAGUGAGGAUAGGCACAUUCUUGCACAUAGCAGGAUGAUUGGACAAGCAUUUCAUAGCAUCUCUCAGUGCCCUCAGCUAGAAUUUGUUCACUUAAAUGACAUCUUUAAAGCACAAAUAACUCACAUUGAGAGCCCUGAUGUAAUUUAUUUGCAACCAGCCUUAGUUGAUUCUUCAGAUCAAGAUAUCAGAUGGAAUAGCAAAAUUCUAAAGUUUGAAAAAUUUAUGGAGAAAAUAAAUGAAAACUCUAAGCCUAUCGUUAAAGACAUGACAUUUGAAGAAGGAAAAUUAAUAGAAGGUAAUUACACUGAAGAUAACAGAUGGUACAGAGCUGUACUUGUGAAAAAUUAUCCUCAUUGUAAUAUGUGUUUAGUUAUUUAUUUUGAUUUUGGCACAACAGAACUCCUACCAUAUGACAGACUAAGACCAAUGUGUCCAGAGGCCUAUGACAUUCCAGUCAUGGCUUGGAGGUGUCAUCUACCACUAUUACCUCCAGAGAAAUAUGAACAAAAGUGGACCUCAGAGAUUCAGCACAAUAUACGUGAUCGCCUUUUUGGCCUUCCUGUUAUUGCCAGAGUAGUCAAGUUGAAGCCCAAAACAGUCCUGUUGUUUGAUGGCAUUGAUAGCAACAUCAACCUACUAAAAGCUAUGGUUGAUGAAGGAAUUGUUCAGCUUGCUAGUGUUCAAUCUGAUGAGCAGUGUGAUCAUGAAGAAGUUCAAGUUUCAAAGCUUUAUCACAUAGCUGAUAUUGAUUGUCAGCUAACAGAACAGGAAUAUCAAGAAAUUGAGAAUUUAGUGUGUAAUGCACCAGAUUUACCAUUUAUAAAAGAUGAAAAGCCAUUUUGGAGCUUAGGCUAUGAAAAUCUUCUAACUAAAGAACAAAGAAGAGAAAUGAUUGUUUAUUUGGCAAGAUUAUUAUUUUACAGCAGAAAAAGACAAUUUUAAACAUUUCUUUUUUUUUUUUCAGUCUAAUAUUAAUUUUGUUUCCUUUUUUUUUUUUAAACCUAUUCUGAAUUUGAUUCAAUAAUUUUUCAUUUUUUCAUAUAACGUUAAAUGUAUCCUUUUCUAUUUUGUAAUUAUGUUGUCUAUAUUUAUUUCCUCAUUUAUUUAUGAGGGAAAAACUUUUCUUUAAAGAUAAGCUAGCUUCUUGUCCAUGCUUACAUUUUAUUUUUUUAUUAGGGCUAAAUAGAUCUGAAUAUCUGGUGAAUUUGUUAGCACAUUUACUUGUUGAGUUAAUAAAUUUGAAUAUUGUUA